AAGUGGAGAGUGUUGAAGUUCACCACUACCCGACCAAAAUAUUUCCACUCAUGCUAGCAUAAACCAAUAAUUGAGAGAUGGUAGGCAAGUGCGAUUUGGUGAGUGUUCUGGGGGCAAUAUUGGUAUUGACUAUCUUCCAUAAUCCGAUCAUCGUCGUCUACGCCGGCGAGGGUGUUCCGGAGGUAGCGUUGUUCACUUUCGGAGACUCUUAUUACGACGCCGGAAACAAAGUGUUUCUAAGCACAAACAAAAACCCUCCACAGACCAAAUGGCCUUUUGGCAAAUCCCGCGACGACCCCAACGGCAAGUUUUCCGACGGCCACAUCGUCCCUGACUUUAUCGGUGACUUCAUGUCUAUUCCGAACGGAAUCCCGCCGGCGCUGAAACCGGGCGUUGAUCUUUCACGUGGAGCUAGUUUUGCCGUCGCCGAUGCUUCUAUUCUUGGUGCUCCGGCGGAAUCUAUGACACUGAACCAACAAGUGAACAGAUUCAGAAGUAUGAAAUCAACUUGGACCGACGACUACAUAGAGAAAUCACUGUUUAUGAUAUACAUCGGUACUGAAGAUUAUUUGAACUUCACCAAGAACAAUCCCACUGCAGACGCUUCUGCUCAGCAAGCUUUUGUCGUUUCCGUCACUAACCGAUUAAAGAACGACAUAGGCCUGUUAUACUCAUUGGGAGCGAGUAAAUUCAUGGUUCAAAUGCUAGCACCGUUGGGUUGCUUACCGAUCUCUAGACAAGAAUACAAAACAGGCAACGAGUGUUACGAGCCACUCAACAAUUUGGCAAAACAACACAACGAGAAGAUCGGUCCGAUAUUGAACGAGUUUGCUAAAAAACCGAACAGCGGUUUUCAGUUCACCGUCUUCGAUUUCUACAACGCCAUCAUCCGUAGGACACAGAGACAUCUUAACUACCGAUUCUACGUGGCGAACUCAUCAUGUUGCGGUGUUGGGACGCACAAUGCGUACGGUUGCGGGAUGGGAAACGUGCACUCGAAGCUAUGUGAGUACCAAAGAGCUUACCUCUUCUUCGAUGGACGUCACAACACAGAGAAGGCUCAAGAGGAAAUUGCUCAUCUGAUCUAUGGAGCAGACCCUAACGUGAUCCAGCCGAUGACCGUACGUGAGCUAAUCGUGUACCCAGCUGGAGUGAAUAUGCUUGAGUUUUGGGAGCCUAAUAAGAAGAACUCGAUCCGUCGUCGUCGUCCAGCUAGCGUUUUCAACUUCGGUUUAUCCGCUUAUUAACUCUUAGUUGGAUGACUUUUGUGCUCAAUCAAAUUCGAUAUGAUACUAUCGUUUAUUAUAUAUUGUAUCGAUAUCUGCUUUCUGUCGAAUAAAAUGGUUUUUGAAUAUCUUAAUGUAACCUGCUUCGUAAACUAUGAAAAAAUAGAAUAAGAGAUUUUGCAAUU